AUGGCUCGUGCUCUUUGUAAGCUUCAGUUGAAGUUAACAACUCGCCUGAUAUCUGGACUGUCGGUACCUAAAAGGAAAGGAUUGAAGAGAAAACGAGCCACUAAUGAAUCAAAUGAGGCGUCAAAUUUACUAGUUUCGGAUGGUGAGGGAAAUUUUCCAAGCCCAAAGGAACUAGCCAGCUUCAACGAGGCUUUCUUGAGAAAGCAUUGCAAUCUUGGUUAUAGGGCGGGCCAAAUCCUAGAACNACUGUCGGUACCUAAAAGGAAAGGAUUGAAGAGAAAACGAGCCACUAAUGAAUCAAAUGAGGUGUCAAAUUUACUAGUUUCGGAUGGUGAGGGAAAUUUUCCAAGCCCAAAGGAACUAGCCAGCUUCAACGAGGCUUUCUUGAGAAAGCAUUGCAAUCUUGGUUAUAGGGCGGGCCAAAUCCUAGAACUUGCCACAAGUGUCGAGAGUGGUAAACUUCAACUGAUGAAAUUUGAGAAGCUUAGCGAGUUGCCAUCGGCUGAGAAAUUAUAUGCCCAACUGAUGAAGAUAAAUGGAUUUGGUCCUUUUGUUUGUGCCAAUCUUCUUAUGUGCAUCGGGUUUUAUGACAACAUUCCUGUUGAUACCGAAACUACAAGACACUUACGACAGGUCCAUGGAAGAAGAAAUUACAACAAGAGUAACGCAAGAGCAAUCAUUGCGCAAAUUUAUGGAGAGUAUGCACCAUUCCAGUGCUUGGCAUACUGGUUAGAGUUGUGCGACUACUACGAGAGUUCAUUUGGAAAGCUAAGCAAAUUGCCUAGGUCAAGUUAUAGUAUGAUCACCGGAAGCAGAAACCACAAGAGCGGCGGUGGCGGCAGUGGCGGUGGCAAUGGCAAUGGUAGUCAUUUAAUCAAACUGACUAAUAACUAG